CUUUGGUUUGGAUUCGUUAAAUUCAAUUCUAAAAUACAUCCAAAUUAUGUCUGAGGCUGACCAAGCAAAGUCUGCCACUUUAGUUUGUCAACCCGGACUUGAUCGGCUUUAGUGUUGUAGGGGAAAUAGCUCUCCAACAAAUGGGAAUACUUAUCAUUGAGUAGAGGAUAUGGAGGUUUAUGCAGCUCUCAUUGGACUUGGCCUGGAAGAUUAUGUGGAUGGCACCCUCACCACACCCAACCGCCAUCAUGAUGUCGGAAAAUCCACUCUGAAUUUGCUCUAUCAAACUUGGUACCGCCAGGAUAAGAGUAUUCUCAGUGCUCUUCUGGGUAGUUGCUCAGACACUAUUCAGCCCCUUAUUUCUUCGGCUAGCACGGCCAAAGAGGCGUGGGAUCGUGUCUCUCAAACUUAUGCCGGUUUGUCGCGUGGAAGAAUCAUGUCGCUCAAGUCUACCUUUGCUAAAACUAUUAAAGGUACGAAAUCCAUCACGGAGUAUCUUGCGGAGAUGCAAGCACUCACUGAAGCACUGGCCCUCUCUCAAAACCCCAUACCCGAAGAAGACCUUGUCAUUGGCAUUCUCAAUGGCCUACCACCCGAUUAUUCCGAAAUCAUUGAUGUUGUUCGGGUCCGUGAGACAGCACUCCCAUUAACAGCCCUUCAGGAUAUUCUGCUUGAGCAUGAAGCCAAGCAGGCCGCCCUCAAUUCACAAACCUCGCAUCUGGUACCCACGGCAAACUAAACCUCUGGACAGCGAGGUCCUCGUGAUGCAUCUGCCUAGCGAGAUGGUGACCACCAGGGUGAUCGUCACGGUGGAUUUUCUGGACACCGUGGUCGCGGGCGAGGUUCGUACGGUGCUGGGGGCAGUCGCGGGUCCUCCAGGCAGCUUCAGCGCCACUUUGUGAGAAUAUUGGACACGACGUCAAGAACUGCCGCAAGCUUCAGCGGUUUCUUCGGAACCAUAAUGUUCUACCGCAACGGGGUCCACAUGCAAAUUAUGUGUCAGCUCCCUCUCCCAUGCAACAUCAGUCGUGGCUCUUUGAUAGCGGUGCAUCUCAUCAUGUUACGUCCGAUGUGUCUCAAUUACCCACUUAUUUUGAGUACGGUGGCCUUGAAGAGGUUAAGUUAGGGGAUGGUAAGUCACUUAAUA